AUGAACAAGACAGAAUGUAAGAAUUGGCUUGAUGAUGCAAUUGAAAAAGAAUAUAUUUUAUCUCAUAAUUAUGAUUCUUUUCAAAACGUUGAAAGAAUUGACAAUGGUGCAUUUGGAACAGUAUUUCGUGCAUUUUCAAAAAAAUAUCAAAAGAUGGUAGCAUUAAAGACUGUUACCGGAAAUAGUACUAAACAACUUGUUAAUGAAAUAAAACAACAUCAAAAAGUUGAUCCUCAUGAUAAUAUAUUAAGACUUCUUGGUAUAACUACAAAAGAUUCUUCAAAUUCAGAACUCAGACUCUAUGGCACAUUACAAUAUUCAGACCCACAAUAUUUAAAAAACCCUAAUGGAUAUACUCGUAAUAAAAAAUCUGAUAUAUACAGUAUUGGUAUAUUAUUCUGGGAAAUUUCCAGUGGAAAAAUACCAUUUGAAUCUGAAACAUCUACAGGGUUUGGUUUUGUAUUUUCUAUAGUAAAUGGUAAAAGAGAAGAAAUCAUUGAAGGAUCUCCAAGAAAAUAUGUAGAAAUUUAUACGACUUGUUGGGAUAAUAAUCCGGAUAUUCGUCCUGAUAUACAAGAAGUUAUAAAUAAUUUGGAUGAUGUAGAUAUUACUGAUACUGUUAAUAACAUAAUUCCAUUACCAAGACCUUUUGAUAUAAAGAAUCAUAAUAGAGAACAACACGAAAACAGUAUAAAUAUUGAUGGUGAUUUGUAUAAUAGUAUUAAUGAAUUAAAUAAACAACUCCAAAACACUUGCACUUCUACACCAACUACAAAUGAAUCAAAGGAAAUAAAAUCAAAUAAACGAUUUCAAAACACUGACACUUCUUCAUUAACCACAAAUGCGGAUGAAGAAGGUGAGCAAGAAUUCAGUGAUGAAAAAGAAAAUGAAAUAAUAUCAAAUCUAAAUAGAUUUCUUAAUGAAAUGACACGAUUAUUCAUGGCCAGAAUAGAAACUAGUAAACCUAAAAAAAUAGCCAAAGAAUUAAAAAAUUAUAUGAUUUUAAACAAUAUAAAUCAUACUGAGUUAUUUAAUGUUAUUUAUACUGAUUAUAUAAGUGAUUUAAAUAUAAAAAUCAUGUUAGGAUUUCUCUGCCAAUAUGGUAUAGGUGUAAAAAGAGAUGAAGAGAAGGCAUUUGACAUAUAUACAAAUUUAUUAUUGUUAAAUUGUAAAGAAAGUAAAAUUAUCUACUACUUGCUUGGAAUGUGUUAUCAAUAUGGAACUGAUAUAAAAAAGGAAUAUCGUGAGGCUUUUGAGUGUUAUUUAAAGUCAGCUGAAGAGGAAAAUAGUAAUGGACAAUAUAGGCUUGGAUUUUGUUAUCAAUAUGAAAUUGGUACAAAAAAAAAUUAUAAUAAGGCUUUCCAAUGGUAUUUAAAAUGUGCAGAAAAUCAAAAUAGUGUUGGUGAAUAUAAUAUUGGACAUUGUUAUCAAUUUGGAAUUGGUAUACAACAAGAUUAUGAAGAGGCUUUUGAAUGGUAUUUAAAAUCAGCUAAUCAUGAAGAUAGUGAUGGUCAAUAUAAUGUUGGUUAUUGUUAUCAUUUUGGAAUUGGUAUAGAAAAGGAUGAAAAUAAGGCUUUUGAGUGGUAUUUAAAGUCAGCUGAAGAUGAAAAUAGUAAUGGACAUAAUCAACUUGGACAUUGUUAUCAAUAUAGGAUUGGUAAAGAAAAAAAUUAUAAUCAAGCUUUUCAAUGGUAUUUAAAAUCUGCAGAGAAUCAAAAUAGUGUUGGUCAAUACAAUGUUGGAUAUUGUUACCAUCAUGGAAUUGGCAUUCAACAAAAUCUUGACAGGGCUUUUCAAUGGUAUUCAAAAUCAGCUGAAAAUGGAAAUAGAAAUGGUCAAAAUCAACUUGGAUAUUGUUAUCAAGAUGGAAUUGGUACAGAAGAAGAUACCUACAUGGCUACAAAAUGGUUUAAAAAAGCUUCAAAUAACAAACGUGAUUAUUGGAAUAUUUCUAUAGAAGAAAAUACAACUAUUGGUUCACAUAAGAUACCACUCCAACCACCUACAAUAAAAAGAUCAAACAUAAAGAAUUUUAAUAUGAGAGAUUUUUUUAAUGAGAUAUUAGAAUUAUUUAUGACUAAGAUAGAAAUUAAUAAUCAUCAUCAUGUAACUAAAAUUUUGAUGAAUUAUAUAACCCAGAAUAAUGCAAACUCAACUGAAUUAUUUGAUUAUAUGCAAGAUUGUGAUGAUGAUGUUAAUGUUAAUAUAAAGCUUAUAUUGGGAUUUUUUUACCAAUGUGGAAUAGGUACCAAAAUAGAUGCAAAAACAGCAUUUAAUAUAUAUCUGAAUUUAUCAAAUUAUGAUGUAAAAGAUAAAAUUGUUGGCUAUUUACUUGGAUAUUGUUAUCAUCAUGGAAUUGGCAAACAACAAGAUCUUAAUCAGGCCUUUCAAUGGUACUUAAGAUCAGCUGAAAAUGGAAAUAGCAAUGCUCAAUGCAAUCUUGGACGUUGGUAUCAUUAUGAAAUUGAUGCAAUGAGGGAUUAUGAUAAGGCUUUUGAAUGGUAUUUGAAAUCAGCUGAAAAUGGGAAUGGAGGUGCCCAAUUCAUGGUUGGAUUUUGUUAUCAUAAUGUAAUUGGUGUAGAAAAGAAUUAUGAUAAGGCAUUUGAAUGGUAUUUAAAAUCAGCAGAAAAGGAAAAUGGCAAUGGUCAAUAUAGUGUUGGGAAUUGUUACCAUUAUGGAAUUGGUACAAAAAAAAAUUAUAAUAAAGCUUUUCAGUGGUAUCUAAUGUCAGCUGAAAACAUGAAUAGUAAUGGUCAAAAUAGUGUCGGAUAUUGUUAUGAAAAUAAAAUUGGCACAGAAAGAGAUGUUGAUAAAGCUACUAAAUGGUAUCGAAUGGCUUCAAGGCAUGGGCAUUCAAAUUCAAAUAUUGAAAUAGUACAA